AUGGAGGUCCCGCUUACCGCUACCGUUUUGGUCCUAACUCUUUGGCUAAUUGCUUUACAUAACAGCUCAUGUAGUGCUAGAAGAGUCGUGCCAAAUGAUUUCGAUUUGUUUGAUUAUGGUGCUGUUCAUCACAACACUCAAACUUAUGAUGAGGGUUUUUCUCAAGAGGUCUUCCCAGAAGGAUGGGAGACUGGAGCAACAACAAGAGAUUCAUUCAAUAGUGUGAAUGCCCAAACUGAAGAAUAUGAUCCACAAGCCUUCCUGGAAGCAUGGGAAGCAAAAACAAAUACUUUCAAUGUGGUAGAUUAUGGUGCUGUUGGGAAUGGCCAAGUAGAUGAUACAAAGGCCUUCCUCAAGGCAUGGGGAGCUAUGUGUGCAUCAUCAACUCAAGGCACCCUUACCCUGCUGGUACCAAAGGGAAAAAGAUUCUUGUUAAAUGCUGUGGCGUUUGAAGGGCCUUGCAGGGCUAGCAAAGUAAAUUUCCAGAUACAAGGGAGUAUUGUUGCACCGAAUAACAUUGGUUCAUGGACAAACAAGGAGAUGUGGAUUCAUUUUUCGAAUGUACAAGGUCUAUCGGUCAAUGGAGGAGGUCGAAUUGAUGGAAACGGCGCUGUUUGGUGGAAAGCUUGCGGUAGCAAGGGCUGCCAGAGACCAACUGGCGGUUCGGGAUAUGCUAGGAAGAUCACUUUCGAGGGGAUCACAUUUGAAGACACCAAAAAUCCUAUCAUAAUAGACCAGCACUAUUUCGCUAAACCUACUUCAGCAAUGGACAUAAGCAAGUCGGUACAAGUUAGCGACGUGACAUACCGAAAUAUAAACGGAACUUGCACUGAUGAGAAAGCCAUAACUUUGGCCUGCGCAGGGGGCGGAUGCACAAACAUUGUGAUAGACAACGUGAGCAUAAAAUCGGAUCUUCCAAACAAGAGGUCUUAUGCUUACUGCGACAAUGCCCAUGGCACCUCAUCCUUCUCUAUGCCUUCUGUCCCAUGCCUUUCGCAUUGA